AUGAUCGCCAACACCCGGGGCUUCCUGUGGUCUGACUUGGAGACACGAGCUCUGCUCGGCAUCUGGGGCGAAGCGGAUGUGCAGUCGGCUUUGGACGGGAACUUUCGGAACAGCCAUGUGUACCGGGACGUGGCGUGCAGGCUCGCCCAGGUGGGCUUUGACCGGACCCCGGAACAGUGCCGCAUCCGCAUCAAGGGCUUGAAGCGCCAGUAUUACCAGGCAAAGGAAGGUCUCCCCAAGGGCGGGCCUACGCGCAAGGCCUGCAAAUUCUUCGAUGAGAUGGACCGUAUCCUGGGCGCCCGGGCUGUCCCUGGCGGUCCCGCGGCCCACCGGGGAGGCCCCACAACGGGGGACGCGGUCGGCCGGGAUCAGAUAGCUGAGAAGGACUUGACAGGCGAAGGCUCCUCUUUUGCUGAGCAUCCCAUCAAGGUUGAGUGUGCCCCCUUCGCCAUCCCCUUGCCGCCUGGCAACGGCUUUAAGCAUAUUGGUGCUCAGACUAGUACAAAUCAUCUUUCGCAACCAAAAAGAUUCAAAAAGCGGCAUACCGGGAUACCUCUGGACAAGAUGAUUGGCAAGCUUUUACAGCAAAGUGUGGCUGCAGAAGAGAAAUUUUUCAGAUACGAAGAGCAGAGGCUGAAAAUGGAGGACAAGCACCGUGAAACAGAGCGAGCCAGAGAGCUCCAGAUGUUGCAGAUGUUGGGGCAAGUGCUGGCUGGGAUUUCUUCAGCUGUCUCACAGAGGGCCCAGGCCAGGCCCCCAAGUCCACCGCAGCGGACACACCACCGGGCGUAUGGAGAUGAUCUUAGUUUUAAUGCUAUGAGAGCUGCGCUUUCUCCUCCACUAGUUUUAGAAAGAGCAUUUUCACUACAUAAAGCACAUUCGGUAAAGGAUAUGGAAAAUGCUUUGCAGUUGGUGAAAAAUAUUAUACCUCCUCUAACUACCAAAAAGCAUAAAGGACAAGAUGGACGAAUAGGAAUAGUUGGAGGUUGUCAAGAGUACACUGGAGCCCCGUACUUCGCAGCAAUCUCAGCUCUCAAAGUGGGUGCAGAUUUGUCCCACGUGUUCUGUACCAAAGACGCUGCAUCUGUGAUUAAGUCCUACAGCCCGGAGCUGAUUGUUCAUCCCGUUCUCGACAGCCCCCAUGCUGUUCAUGACGUGGAGACCUGGCUACCCCGACUGCAUACCCUUGUUGUGGGACCUGGCUUAGGAAGAGAUGACCUUCUCCUACAAAACGUUAAGGGCAUUGUGGAGAAAUCAAAGGCCAAGGGUAUCCCCAUCGUCAUUGACGCGGAUGGGCUGUGGUUGGUGGCUCAGCAGCCAUCCCUCAUUCAAGGUUACCGGAAGGCCAUCCUCACUCCCAACCACAUGGAGUUCAGCAGGCUCUAUGAGGCCGUGCUUAGAGAUCCCGUGGACAGCACUGAUCACCAUGGAGCUAUCCUGAGACUGAGCCAAGCCCUUGGGAACCUGACUGUUGUCCAGAAAGGAGAGAGAGAUGUGAUUUCUGAUGGUGAACAGGUGCUCGUGUGUAGUCUAGAAGGAAGCAGCCGCAGGUGUGGAGGGCAGGGAGACCUGCUGUCGGGGUCCCUGGGGGUCCUGGUGCACUGGGCACAGCUUGCUGGGCCAGAAAAAACACAUGGGUUAAACCCUUUCCUGGUGGCUGCAUUUGGCGCCUGCUCCCUCACGAGGCAGUGUAACAACCAAGCUUUUCACAAGUACGGGCGCUCCACGACCACUACAGACAUGAUUGCGGAGGUCGGAACUGCAUUCAAAAAGCUCUUUGAAUCCUGA